UUGUCCUGGAAAGCUAGCCAGAAGGGUUGUUGGCAUAUUCCUUUCUGAAGCUGUGGAUCUCAAUCUCAUACUUUGUCGUCGCAGACCUAACCACACAAACAAACCCUAAUUACAUUUUCUUAUCCCAAUCUUUCUGCUCCCGCUUCGCUUCAUCACUCUUCUCAAGGACUCCUCCACCCGUAAUUUGGUCACCGAUUGCUGCUCAGCUUAGGGUUCCCGAUUCCUUAUUUUUCUCGGCUUUGGUUUGGGAAUUUUGAAUUUGUUACGCUGUGGGGGUUUGAGCUUUCUAUCAUUUUGAUCCAUAGAGUUGGAUCCACAUUUUUUAUGGCAUUUGAGUGCCUAAAUAAUACUGAGGUUUCUCAAAAUUUAGCACACUUUGUAGCAAAUCCAGGCAUAGGCAUAGUUGAACCUAAUCAACUUAGUCCCAAAUCCUUCUCUGAAGGAGUAGCAACCUCAAAAUUUGUGCCUGAUACCAAAUCUGAAUCUGGGAAGGGUGUGAAGUUAAAGGGAGCAUCCACGAUUAAUUCCAAGAAAGGCAUCAAAGCCCCGGUCAGUGCUUUGAACCAACUCUCAAUUCCUGGUGAUGUGAUUUUCAAUUGUGGUUUGUCCAUCACCGACCUUCCUCCGGCAUUGAUAUCUGAGAUUCUCAAUUGCCUCGACCCGAAGGAUCUCGGCGUUGUUUCGUGUGUCUCCACCAUUUUCCAAAGAGUUGCCUCCGAGCACGGUGCUUGGAAGCAAUUCUAUUGUGAAAGGUGGGGGCUACCAACAGCUUCCUUGGCUGUGGAUUCAGGUGUUGUGGAUGAUGAUAAGUCAUGGAGGGAACUUUUUGUGGAAAGGGAGUUUAGGACUAAGACUUUCAUGGGACGUUAUAGUAUUGACGUGUUGUAUGGCCACACUGAAGCAGUUCGGACUGUUUUCCUGUUGGCUUCUGCCAAGCUCAUAUUUACCUCUGGGUAUGACUCUGUUGUGAGGAUGUGGGACAUGGAGAAUGGGUUGUCAAUUGCAUCAUCCCGACCCCUUGGUUGCACCAUUCGUGCUGUUGCUGCAGAUAGAAAACUAUUGGUUGCUGGUGGUACUGAUGGAUUUAUUCAUUGUUGGAGGGCUGUUGAAGACCUACUUCACUUGUUUGAGCUCAGAGCCACACAAAACCAGAAUACUGAGGUUCGACUAUGGGGACAUGAAGGUCCUAUAACUUCGCUUGCUUUAGACUUGACAAGGAUUUACAGUGGUUCAUGGGACACAACUGUUCGAGUGUGGGACCGUCUUUCAAUGAAGUGUAGUGCAGUGUUGAGGCACAGUGACUGGGUCUGGGCACUUGUCCCUCAUGACACUACUGUUGCCAGCACAUCAGGUUCAGAUGUGUAUGUUUGGGAUACUAAUAGUGGGGCUUUGGUGACCAUUGUUCAUAAUGCUCAUGUUGGUAAUACUUAUGCUUUGGCACGGAGCCAUACAGGGGACUUCCUUUUUACUGGAGGUGAAGAUGGUGCAAUUCACAUGUAUGAGAUUGUUAAUGAUGGCUAUGAGUCUAAAACUUGGCAUGUUGCUGCUUGGAUUCCUCACUCUGCCGCUGUGUAUUCCCUUGCCUUUGAGUUUCCAUGGCUUGUUUCUGCAUCAAGUGAUGGCAAGCUAGCACUAAUUGAUGUGAGAAAGCUGUUGAGGAUUAGCAAGCGAGCUCUAGGGAAAAGAGUUUCAAAGGUAAAGCAUUUGGGUGGAGACAUAGUGGAGCCUCCACAGAGGAUGUUGCAUGGAUUUAAGAGCAAUCUUUUCUCUGUGGAUAUAGGAGCUGAACGAAUUGUCAGUGGAGGUGAAGAAGGUGUUGUCAGGAUCUGGAAUUUCACGGAAGCUUUGGAAAUUGAACGGAGAGCCCGAGCAUUAAGAGGAAUACGAUUAGAGCACAGAAUGAGGCGACGGAAGCUUCAAACAGAGCUGAGCAAUAAAAGUGGUCGGAGUGAUCAGUGUUCAGUUGCAGCCAAGAAAAAUUCUGUCACUUGUAUUUGGCCCACUAAACGUGGCAUGAGCGGAAAGCUGAAAGCAUAGUGACUGAGGCAGUCUAAUGUUUGCUUAUAUCCACCAAUUGUCAAUCCUUUUUAAUUUUGUUUUUACAAAAUUGAUGUAUACGAUAUUUAGUUUCAAGCAGGUAAACUGACCAAUUUUAAGUUCUCUUUACGUAUUUUGAUAUGAGAAGUUUCUGUAGGUAGUGAUCAGAUCAGAUUACUCCUCUUUACAUUUCAAUUGGUACGAUUUUGAAAAUGAUAGUGUUUCUUUCCGA